UUAUACUUGCUAACUUUAUCUUUACCCCAAAGGCUUUGAAAACCUUAUUCAAAAAUACAAAACUAGGUUGCAAUGCCCUUGUCACACAUUGCCAAUUUCCCAACCACACUGCACAUAUAAUAUUAAAGUCUAUAUAAAUGCAUACAUUAAAAGCCACAGGCUCUCACUAGAUUUCAUUCAGCUGACCUUCAUAGCACAAUGGCUCCUUGCUUUUCCCUUUGCUUUGAUCCCCAUAACCAACCAAAGCUCCCCUCCUUCCUUAAACCCUUCUGCUUCCCUUUCUUCCAUGGCCCUUUCUCCCCUUCCCCUUCCUCUGUUUCUUUCGAUGAUGGUGACGACGGCGCCGCUGAAGACUCCGAUCUUAACAAUUAUCAUGUGAUCAUCUUGGAGAUCAGGCAACGGGCGAUGAAGGCGAGAAGCGAGCCGAGGAGCUCCUUCGUGAUCAUGACGGCGGAGGAGUUCGCGAGGCUGAUUAAGGCGGCGCCGCCGCCGAAUAUGAACAAAUCCGAUGAUGCAGAGGACAGGGAGAAGAAGAAGGAUGGAGAGUAUGAAGGAGAAGACGAGAAAGAUGAGGACUUCUUCUCGGUAAGAAGCUGCUUCUCUCGGUGCUCUACUGGAGACGAAGAGUACUGCUUGAGUGGUCGGACGGCGGCAUCGGAGAAAUGGUUCAGGGAGUGUGAAGGGUGGCCGUUUGGGCUGUGGCGGCAUCGGAAAGUGGUGGUGCUGCCGCCGCUGCCGAAGUCCCCGGCGGACUCUUGGACUUGGCAUAAGAGAAACCUGAAUAAUGUCAAGGUUUGACCAGCUUUUAUUACUGCUUUAAAACAAGUGUAGUGGAUUGGAUUUGAUGAACUGAAGGACAUGGAAAUAAGAAACUUGGAAGUAUAUUUUGAUCCAAA